UACCCAUGUGGUUGCCAAUGAUUCAGUCAAACAUCAAGCACUUAUCGGCCGGACUCCAGCUUCGCCUCCAGGCCAUUCAGAACAACGUGAACCACCACAGCCUAAGGACGCUGCCCGGCUCAGCCCCGAGCAGCGCCGGCCUCGUGGCCCUCCGCAAGUGGCUGCAGUGUACGCAGUUCAAAAUGGCCCAGGUGGAGAUCCAGUCCUCAGAUGCGGCCUCGCAAUUUUACCCUCUAUGAGCGGCCCCCUCGGCUCUCAGUGUCAACACUCUGGUUUAGCAAUAAUGGGUUUCAAAACAAAACAAUUUGAUCCAAGCAGGUUGGGGAACAUAUUGGUACUGUACAUUCUCUUUCUAGUUUAGUAAAAAAAAGACGUGCAAAGGCCGGAGAGGGCCAAAAAAUGAAGCUUUCUUGCUACACAUCUUUCUGAUGACUCCUUGGGCUAUCUGAUUAAGUGUUUCCUUACAUUAUUUUUUAAAAAACCAAAUCAUUUUUCUUUAACUAACUUCUAUUUUUUUUAAGAAAAAAAAAACAAAACAAUAGACUGGUGGGUACUCACAGAAAAGUUGUAUAAGUCCCCCUGUUGCUAUUUUUGAUGAUAGAGAAUAAAUAGGGUUUUUGAAACCUUUGUAGUGUUUUUUCUUAAAAUCCACUCUUGGCAAUGCAAUAAAAAAAAAAAACCCGUCACCAUAAGCCAGUGACACUUGACUGAAGCUUUUUGUCAUUAUCCUGGGAAAAGUGGCAGCUUGCAAGGACCAUUACAAAGUGCACUUAGAAAUUAGGUGGUUAAACUGUGCCAAUUGUUUUUCUUUGUUUUAUAGUAUCAUUUUCCAAAACUGUCCAGUAAGUUUUAUUAUUUUUAAAACUAAUUUUUCAACUUAUUAGUUCUAGGCUGUACUUUCUUGUAAGCUUUAUGAGAACCACUUUAGUUUUGUGAAUAAUAAAUUUUAUUCUUUUGUUAAUCCUUGUAUACAAUUCAAUUUAAAACUGUAGAUUGCAUACUGGACCCGAUGACCCUCCACACUGGCACAGAGCACUGCACCUGGAGUUAUGUUUCAUAAAACGGGAUUUUACUAGUGUAAGAGCACCAAGAUUUAUCAGCACUUCUACUUAGCAUUUGACUGUGCAUUCACAAAUGAUAUUUCUCUUCUCUAUCCCUGUAAUGCACUGACUACAAGAAGACUUACUAUACAUUUAAGCUGUAUAUUGACAUGCUAUUAAAUGCAUUUUUUUUUAUUA